AUGAUGCAUCAAACGAAGCGACGGAAGCCAGGUGAGUCUCAGGUAGUUAGCUACAGCUCCAAAGCCGCCGAAUUACACCGACACGAAGACGAGAACGGACACGAAAAUCACGGAGAUGCCGUGGUGCUAGAAGCACACAAGGGUCCGGUUCUAGCAGCCAAAUUCAACCGCGAUGGUUCCUUGCUAGCGACAGGGGGGAUGGACCGCACGAUUCAGCUAUGGGCGCCCUCCAUGGACGAUGAAAACCACGAGGUCCAAGUCAACGUGGCAUCGUUGCAGCAGCACAAGAAAGCAGUCACGUCCCUCGCAUGGCUCGCCGACGUACUUGUCUCUGCGAGUGCAGAUGCAACUUUGGGGAUAUGGGACACCGCCACCGAUGCACCGAGAAAGAUACGCAAGUUGGCGGGCCAUUCAGCCGUAAUCAACCAAGUUGCCUCUAUAUCCGACUCUACAUUCUGCUCCGUUUCGGAUGCUGGGCAGCUCAAAGUAUGGGAUUAUAGAGACAAGUCGCCCGUCGCGGGCAUACGAACCGAGUUCCCGUUGUUGACCAGUUGCGCACACAAUGGCUCGAUUUACAUCUCGGGCAUAGACCCGCGGAUUUCAGCGUUUGAUAUGAGAAAAUUGGACGCGCCCGUGUGGUGUGUUGCAGACCAGCUUGAUUCCGUCACGAGUUUACUGGUGAGCCCCGAUGGAUCGAGUUUAUCUAGUAGGUCAUUUGAUGGCUUGGUUUGGACAUAUAAUAUAACGCACGCAUCGACCAUGCCUCGCGUCGUCCGCAAUUUCCAAGGCGCGCCUUCGGGGAAGGAGAACUGGCUCAUUCGAACUUGCUUUAGUAACAAUAAUGUCAAUCUUUUAUCGGGGGCCGAAGACCACUCGGUGGUGGUUUGGGACCAGCUUAGCGGGGCCUUGGUUGCGAAAUUGUCGGGCCACGAGGGAGCGGUGCUUGACCUUGAUUACCAUCCUACUUUGGAUGUCACGGUGAGUUCUUCCACUGACGGAACGGCAAUCGUGAGAGAGGUGUAA